AAAAUCAAAUUUAUCUGAAAUUUUGUGAUAAGGGUUAAAAUUGUCUUUUCGACGAUAACAGUGUGCAAUACUAAAAGAAACAUUUGUCGUAUUUAGCAAAACAAGUUGGGCAGCGUGUGUUAAUAAUAAUGCAAAUUGUUUUAAAAAAAAAAAAGAAAAGAGAGAUAAAAAGGCAAAGUCCAAGUCAGCAACUCAGUUCCGUCUCUCUCUCCCCCUCAAAACCAGUCUCAUUCGAUCUCUAAUCCACCAUGGCAACGACUUCUCGUCAGUUUACCACCGGUUUAACCGCCUCGAUCACCUUGGUCGAAUCCCAUUCCGCAAACCGACCUCAGUCCAUCUCCCUCAUCCGUCGAAACCACACCGAUCCUCGUCGUCUACCGUCGAUCCUUCCAAGUUCCAGGCGGUGGAUUAUUGAAGCGGUGUCACCAGCGAGAUCCUGGGAUGGAUCUGAUUACGGAGCUGAGGCGGAGAUUAAGAAGCCAGGCGCUUCUGGUUACGCGAUCGGCGAUAACGAGAUCGAAGGGAGCAGUAAUGUCCAUGUGAUCGACGGAGAGCAUGUUAAGACGGCGGAGAUAGUGAUUUGGGCGGCGGCUACGGCGGCGUUUGGCGUCGGAAACAGAGUGAUGUAUAAGCUCGCGCUAGUUCCACUCAAGGAGUAUCCUUUCUUCCUAGCGCAACUCUCCACCUUCGGGUAUGUAGCUGUAUAUUAUACUAUCUUGUAUUUCCGAUAUCGUGCUGGAACUGUCACUGAUGCAAUGCUCUCGGUGCCAAAAUCUCCAUUUUUAAUUGUUGGCAUCUUAGAGGCUCUAGCUGCAGCUGCUGGAAUGGCAGCCGCAGCGAAUCUUUCAGGGCCAUCAACUACAGUUUUAUCUCAGACAUUUCUUGUCUGGCAAAUUUUCUUCUCCAUUAUUUUUCUCGGGAGGAGAUAUAGCGUAAAACAAAUACUCGGAUGCACUCUUGUAGCUCUCGGUGUAAUCGUCAGUGUUGCAAGUGGAUCAGGUGCUGCUCAUUCAUUGAAGGAAGCCGGAGUAUUAUGGAUUCUUCUUAUGGUACUCUCUUUCUUGCUUCAAGGAGCAGGUACAGUAUUGAAGGAAGUCAUCUUUAUAGAUAGCCAAAAACGAUUAAAGGGUGCUUCACUCGAUCUAUUUAUAGUAAAUUCUUAUGGUUCAGCUUUCCAAGCCAUCUGCAUUGCGUUGCUUCUUCCAUUUCUUUCAAAACUUUGGGGCAUACCGUUUAAUCAACUCGGUACCUACCUAAAAGAUGGCGCAGUUUGCUUUCUCAACCACGGGACAAUAACAAAAGGAUGUGAUGGGGCACCGUUUUUGCCUAUAUUGUUUGUGAUAAUGAACAUUGGCUAUAACAUUGCUCUUUUAAGACUCCUCAAGAUUUCAUCGGCCGUGGUUUCGUGUCUUGCAUCAACAGUUUCAGUGCCAAUUGCAGUGUUUCUGUUCACAAUGCCAUUACCGUACCUUGGAGUUGCAUCAUCACUACCAAAAGGGUUCAUGGGAGGAACAAUCAUACUUGUAUUGGGAAUGAUUCUUUAUAGUUGGACACCACAAGGAGCUAACACUUCUCAUACUAAUAUAGUAAUUCCUUCACCUCCUCCCACCUAGACAGGGCUUAACUAAGGGCUUUUGCUUUUAUUAAAAGAUUUGAGAGAUUUAUGCAAAUUCGGUUUGUACGUAUCAAGAUAAAAUAAUAUUUGAUCAUAUGAUGUUAAUGGAAAAGUUGACAUUUCUUGUGUGUU